GACCUCAAUUCUUUGUAUUAUAUCAGUGCUCUACUACAUCCCCAAGCCACACGUAAAGACAUCAAUUCUUUGGAUACAACAAUUGAUUUUUUUUGCAAGUUCUGAAUAUGAAAGCAUAAGCUUACCAAAUAUGUCGGAAAUAUUACACUGUGGUGGUGAUGAAACUACUCAACGACAAGUGAAUAGUGAAAGUCCUCAACCCCAAAAUGAAUUGGCUGCAGACUCUCAGCAGUAUUACCCAUCAAUUGCAGCUGAAAACCCCGGAAGUGAACUUAGACCCCGCCACAAACAGCCUCUGGCUGCACCAAUAUUAGAAGUGGACAUUUUAGAUUUAGCCGAGACUCCUGGUUCCACGGGAGGUAUGGAGGUUAAUUUUGACUGCGAAUACGAUCUUGAGGCAUAUUUAGAAGAUUUCUCUCGUCUUGCGAGGAAGGGCAAAUUUGAUUCCGCCAAAGAUCUUUUCGAAUCUUGCCCGUCAGAUUUGAAAGAUCAUCCAGAAUUUGUUCUAGACUUCGUGGAUACUUUAUUGAAGCAGGGUGCCUACAAGACUUUGGUAGAGUUUGCUGCAGAUAAAGAGUCAAGUUUGCUGAAGCAGUUGAGCGACUGUGGAAAGAUUCCUAGUCAGUAUCUGAGUUCCUUGUUUGAGUUGGGAAGACAGCGUGCUUUUGGCUAUUUGCCCGAUGACAAAAUGAAAGAUGUGUGGGCUGAUGAAGUCCGGUCGGAAUUACUGGCGAAUUUCGAGAACCUUGAUUCAAUUCAGGUACAAUUGCUUUCCAAUAUAAUCCAUCUGGAUUUCGAGCUGGUGAGAUACACAGGGUUACUAGAGAAUGUCUCUCAAACCACGGAGAUUAAAACAGACAAUUUGUUAGACUGGCACAGUUUGUAUAAGCAUCUUCUCUUGACUAACAGAAUAUGGGAUAUGCGAGAUCUUUUCCAGGCUCUUUGUUCCAGAUAUGGAGUCGGGGAUGCCAUUGAAUUAUUUCUCAAGAAUCGAAAACAGGCACUCUCCAAGACAGUUCCGAAAUCAGUUAAAUUGGAAUUCAGUGGCUGGUUUCAUUUUGUUUUUGACUGGGCGCAUCGUUCUCAUGGUAACGAGUCCACAGAAUUGGCUCUCCUUGACUUGUUGGUAACCAUUUCACUUCAAUUAUUAUCGCAUGGCAGUCAGAAUGAUCCGUCGAUCACGAAGGUCAUUAAUCAGUCCAUGGCUCAUGCCAACCAGUUUGCAAUCUCCCUUAGUCUCAGUAACCCGGAGAAUGUCCAAGCGAACCCUUAUCUAAAAUUGGCUUUGGCCAACCAAAGACUAGCAAGAGAAGCACCGUCCAAUACUCGUCAAAUUCCAGAUUAUAAGUAUAUGGAGCAAUGUCAAGGGGUCAUUAUAUGGGCUUCAAAUUUGCCGAUCUACGUUCCAUUAGAAUCUCACAACCUAAUCCCUGUGCAAUGGAAAAGGCAGCCUCGAAGCACACCGGAGAAUGUGCUUAAGCUGGGGCUAGAUAACUCUCGCAAAAAUGUCGAUUAUUCUCUAGUAGUACAAUACUUGCAAGAAAUGUUCUACACAUCUGAGUCGCCUUUAGAGGUACUGAGUGAAUUAUCGCAUAUACAAGAGGACAUGCAGGGAGACAAAAUUGGCUACUUACAAACAUGUCUGACGAAAUACCUGUGCGCAAGUGAUAAAACCGUCAUGGAAAGUCUCAGUAACGAACUGAAGGAAUUCGACGAGAAAAUUAGGGAGCUAGACUCCAGUCCUCGGAAAAUAGACCCAUUAACAAGAUGGUGUCAACGAAGCAUCCAAGCCGCAUUGCACGAGCGUCUAUAUGGGGAAAACUUAUCAAAAAAUCCGUUCUUGGAGGAACAAGAAAAUGCAUACCGGCAGCUUCCAUACGAUUUCAAACGCAUAUUAGCAGAAUUAGAAAAAGAAUACGGUACUCACAAGCUUAAUUCUACCGACGAAGCGCUGCCGAAGGAAUUUGCAGAACCUUGCAAGCGGACAAUCUAUCGAGAUGGUAACUUCAUUAUCUGCGAUUCGUCAGGUUACUUUACUAGUCUUUUUGAAGAAUCAAGUCAUGAGAAAGUGUUGAUUGAGAUAUAAUCUUCCACUUUCAAGGGCAGCGUGUAAUUGAACUAUUAUCCUUUAGUUUUCUUUCUUGCUUUAUUACUAAAUACCUGAGGCUAUGUUUUAAUCUUAUAUCAAGACCACUGAAAGCAUAUGAUAAUUUGGGAAACCAUCUUUUGCUAGCAGUUCAAUCUGAUUUUACUUACGAUUCA